GAAGUGUUUGAUUCCAUAUCAUCAUGGAAUAUAGAAAACAACCUGUUGUAGAGGCUGGAGUGCAUAUCCAGCCCCGACUGAUCAUCCACGGCGGCGCGGGCAACAUCCAACGGAGCAAUUUCCCUGCUGAAAAGUAUGCUGCCUACCGAGAUGCUCUUUUAUCAAUUGUCACCAAAACCCAAGCCUUCAUGAACUCCUCAACCUCAUCCUCAUCUUCAAGCCCAUACCCAGAGGAAAAGAAGAAAAGGCACCCCUCCGCCCUCGACAUCGCAACCCACGCCGUCGUCCUCCUCGAAGACAACCCCCUCUUCAACAGCGGCCACGGCGCAGUCUUCACCCGCGACGGCAUCAACGAGCUCGAGGCCUCCGUCAUGGUCUCCCGCGGCCUCAAGAAGCGCGGCGUCGGCGUCAUGGGCCUGCGGAGAGUGCGCAACCCCAUCUUGCUGGCCAAGAAGAUGCUUGAGCACGGCGAGGACGAUCUUGCGCCGGCGGGGAACGAUGAUUUGGACGUCCCCUCUGCUCAAGGGCAUACCCAGCUCCACGGCCCAACAGCCGAAAAGCUCGCGGCAAAGUACAACCUCCCCCUCGUCGACCCGAGCUACUUCUUCACCCAACAGCGCUGGGACGAACACAUCCGCGCCCUCGAGCGAGAGAAAUCAGGCAUCGCAUCAUCAUCGUCAUCAUCAGCGACGUGGCACGCGGAUGAGUAUCUCCCCCAGGGCACUUGCGGCGCCGUCGCCCUGGAUGCAGAGGGCGUCAUAUGCGCGGCCACGAGCACGGGCGGCAUGACCAACAAGCUGACGGGCCGCAUCGGCGACACGCCCGUCGUAGGUGCUGGGUUCUGGGCCGAAGAGUGGGAUGAAGAGGAGGGCGCAGCAGACGGUUUCAGGGCAGAGCCAGGCAGCAUCAUCAGCUUUGCUGGUCCGUUGAAGGGCUUGUUGGCAGACUGCUUCCCCACGCCGUGGAUGUACUCGCCCUCUCCCUCCUUUUCACCCCUUCUCGAAACGACGUCGACAACAACAACAACAACUCGCUCCGUGGGCUUCUCGGGCACCGGCAACGGCGACUCGUUCCUGCGCGUCAACGCCGUCCGCACCGUUGCCGCCAUUGCGCGCUACAGACCUUGUCCGGGGAGCCUCGCGCUGGCGAAAGUUGCCGCUCCGGGGGGCCAGCUGCAGCAGAGCGCGGGGGAUCGCUGGGGACGCACGGGAGAGGGCGAGGGGGGCAUCAUUGGGCUCGAGUGCGUGCUUGAUCGAGAUGAGCGUGGGCGGGUCGUGGGAGUGCGGUCGGAGGUGUUGAUGGAGUAUAACUGCGGUGGAAUGUAUCGUGCUUGGAUCGAUGACGAGGAGAAGCCGGUUAUGAGCAUCUGGUCGAAUGGGUCUGCGGAUGAGCUGUGUGAGCCUUGUUUGAAUUGA